GGAGAAGCUCCGUCCCCAACAUUUUGGAUACAUUUAUCCUGCAGAAGAAUUGAGUUGAAUGGAGAAGAAUGUGGCGGACAUGUUUUCUCUUUCUUCUCUGACUUUGUCUUCUUUCGCGCGUCCAUCCAGGAUGAUAAAGCUUGGCGUGCUCAAACUGUUACUUCCUCUCUGCUUCUUCAUUCUCCGCAGCUCAGCUAUCGACACAGUAAACGUGGUGGACUUCUGUGGCCAGACCAUCCGGGGUGACGGCAUGAUCAUCAACUCUCACCAGGAAUCUAAAAAGUACUACUUUGUAACCAUGGGGACCGACUGCCACCUCACAAUGCAGGCCAGCUCCCCGCAGGACAAGGUCCAGUUCCACUUUCGCUUCUUCCUUGUCUACAGUUUGCUGCGAGUGGCCCCUUUAAGCCCAUCCCCUCUGCUGCCAGAGUCCCCACGAGGAUCUGCUUCCCUCAACCCCAAAUUGGAACCCACCUCUGAAAAAAGCUCAGGGGACGACCCCUGUCACGCUGGGUCAUAUGUUCAGUUUUAUGAUGGAUUGGACAGAACUUCUCCUCCCCUCGGGCCUCCUCUUUGUGGAAAGAGCCCUCCUCGACCAGUGCUGUCUACAGGAAAUUACCUGACCCUUCGGCUCGUCACCCGGGGUACACAGCCUAGGGUGGACUUCGUGGGAGACUUCACAUCUUUCAGACUUGGAUUCAACCAAUCGUUGUGCAGCAGUGAGCCGUACUUCACUUGCAGAAAUGGGAAGUGCAUUCCACUGAGCCUGGUGUGUGACGACAAGGACAUUGACAACUGCGGGGAUGGAAGUGAUCUGGAACAAAAUCUGACGACGAGGUGCAAAGCAGGUCGGCUUCUACCUCCAGAGCCAGCAACGCCAAUAGCAACCCCACCGCCAUCUUUGGUAAAUCCCCCCACAGCGCCAUCGCCCACACAGUUGAACUGUGGCAUGGCAGACAGCCCUCCGAGUUCUGCGUCAGUGCCAGACUCUGGCGUGUCUGUUUCCUUGUUGGUUGUCUUCAUCAUCCUGGGUGUGUUGGCAGGGUGUGCCAUGUCCUGCUGGUGCUGCUGGUCCCCCGGGUGGUUUCUGUGGCGUAUGAGUAUUUUACGCUUUCUGCCCUGCUGCAACACAUUCUGCACCUCCUGCCAACUCUGCACUGGCAGCUGCGCCCACGGUAAGGAGCUCCGCUUGGCAAAAGUCACCCCUCAGUCACCAGUGAACAGGACACCGGCGGCAACGGUUGCCACAACCAACGCUGACGAAGCAGCCGCUCUUUAGACUGCUGGACCGCAAACGACAUCUUGUGUGGCGAAGCUCUAAAGGACUGCAAACUUUGUAGUGAGAAGCUGUGAUGUCAUGAGAUCGAUGCAUUAAACUAAUUGUGUGCUUCAAAUGAAAGGAGCAGGCUGCACCCUACAAAACGAUUGUACUGCA